GUUAAUUUAUUGGUAAACCAGACUGUGUUUUAUUUUAGUUUUAUUUAACUCAUACCAAGAGUUAACGAGUAAUUAAUUGGGCUUUGAUUUGCAUUUAGAUUUGCCUGGGAUAAUUAUAUUAUGUAGACAUGUUUGAUUAUUGAGACCUUUGGUUAAUAUAUUCUCCUGAUUAAUUUGAGGAAUUAAUUAAACAUACUGAAAUUCUAGAACGUGGAUUAACAGUGAGAAUUUUCACCUGUUGAAGGGGGGUCGAUAAGUUUCAUUAUCUUGGAAAUCUGGACUUUUUGGAUUAUAUAGUGUAUAAAUAGUGUGUUAUUUCAACUUUGAUGUGAAAAAAUGCAAAGGAAAGGUGAAUCUGACUAAUGUUUAUGUGGAUUAAUGGAUUUGUUUGUGACAUUAUGCCCUGAAGUGAAUAUAUUUAACUUCAUGAUACUAUCUUGUAUAUACACACAUAUAAACUCCGGGAGUAAUUACAGUUAUAUACAUUAACUUAUAUAUAAGGUUUAUUACGGGGUUCUACAAUCGGAUUACCAGGCAAGCAACGUUCUAGAUUCUACAAUGAGGUCUUGCGGCAUAGUCAAGCUAAGAACCAAGAGUUGCUACCCCUGAAAUCAAAGAUGGAGAAGGCGGACGAAGAUAUCGAUAUAGACCAAGUGAUGGAAUCAAUUGAUGUAGAAGUAGCGAAGCGGGCUUCAGCUACAGAUCCUUCAUCUUUUGACGACUCUGAAGAAUGGGAAAAGAUUGCAGACAUCAUGUCAAGUUUUGGUGGAAACUUGACAACGUUUGCCUCACCAACUCAGUCCCCAUGCGAGGAAGAGUUUAACGUGGCCUUUGAGGCAUACAUGGACUCGCUACUGACGCGACGUGAACGAGGUUCUGGACAGAUGAUCAGUAUUGGGGAAUGGUUGGAAUCUAUAGAUAUGGGACAAUAUGAGAAUGCAUUUGUUGCCAAUGGUUAUGAUAAUAUAGAUUACCUGGAUUCUAACAUACUAGAAGAGCAGGACUUGGAACAAAUAGGUGUGCUAUCACAUGAACACAGACAGAAAAUACUUCAAGCUACAAAAUCUCUACCUCUACUUAAACCUAUAGAUCCAAAUGAGCCACCACCAUCUGUAGAAGAGUGGUUGAUGACUCUACAGUUACCAGAUUACCUGGAAACAUUUACCACACAUGGUUAUGAUACCAUUGAAAAAGUUCAGAGUAUUCUUUGGGAACUCCAGCUUAGAACGGUGCUAGAUAUCUCCACACUGGGACAUAGAAAGAGAAUCUUAGCUUCCCUGGGAGAAAGAAAACCAAUAGAUAGACAUACCCCAACACAGAAGAAGAGAAGUUUAAGUUCAUUGAGCCCCGAGGAUAGGUCACCGUUCAACAACAUCGACUUAUUUAAAGAUUAUACGAACGUUAAACCUGUCUCGUCUUCGGAGGAGGAUAUCAAAGAGUCAUCGCAGAUGGCUGUCGACAGCAGUGAAGAUGAUGAUGUGUUCAAGAAAAAAACAACUGGUCAGUCCAUACGGAACAGUAAUAUACAUGUACGACCACCUCACAUGGCUCAGACAUCUAGCCCAGCUAAACAGUGGAGACAUAAACCAGAAAUGUUAAUAAAGGGAUGUUGCAAUUACACAGCACAGUACCUGGGGUCAACUGUAGUGCCUGAACUCACUGCCGGUACAGAGUCAACUAGAGCUGGGAUCACUAAAUUAAAGCUACGAUUUUUACAUCAGUUACAGAAAUCUGCAGAUAUAUUAGCAAAGAUUCCAGUUAUAAUGCUGUCAAUUUCCUACAAGGGUGUCAAAUUUAUAGAUGCUAAAUCAAAGAAAGUGAUAUGUGACCACGAGAUAGGGAACAUUUUCUGUGCGUGUCAGGACACAGACAAUCUUAAUUUCUUCGCUUAUAUCACACGUGAUAUAGAGACGGGCCAACAUUACUGUCAUGUGUUCAGUGUAAAAAGCUCCAGCCUGGCACAUGACAUCAUCUUGACGUUAGGAGAGUCAUUCGAGGUGGCUUAUCAGAUGGCGUUAAAGGAGAAAUCAAAUGAAGAAGCUAUGGAACUUGAUCGGAAGAUGAGCCAGAGUGAUGUAGAAGAUACUUACAGUACCGUGUCGAAAAUAUCAACAAACACCGUAUAGCAUCGGGAUGUAUGUCAACAUUGCCAUAGAUCUGUAGAUACGUGUAAAUAUUUCCAACAUAAUCAAGACAAAUGUAAAGAAAUACCUGAAAAUGAGCAGUUGCAGGAUAUUUGACAUGGAUACUGUAAAGGAUCGAAUCACCAAUCAACAAAGCUACACAUCAUCUUGUAAUAAGGACCCAGCAAUAAUAAAACUAUUUUAAGAAUAAUUUCAGAAUUAUUACUGCAGGCCAGACUUGAUGCUUUAGUAAGUUCAGAUGGUAUUUAUGUAAAAUCUGCAUUUUGAGGACUCAUGGCAGACGUCAUUGUCCUCACAUUGUCUUUGAGUUCAUUGAGUACAGUUAUGAACUAUAAAUGGACCAGUUACCUUCAUGCAUUUAAGUAUAAAGUACAAUGAUAAAGUUUCUGUGUCUGUUGAAAUGAGGGAUCAAGAGUGACUGUCAGACUUACAUUGAGUGGUCUAGAUCUAUUUUGGAGAGCCUAGACUUACAUGUGUUUGAGCAGUCCAGACUUACACUGAGAGGUGGUCCAGACUUAUAUUGAAUGGACUUCUUAAAAUUGACUGGCCUAGGUUUAUAUUGAGUAGUGUCAAAGUGAGUUUAUCUAGGCUUUUAUUUGAAAGGCUAGACUUACAUUGAGUGGUCUGGACUUACAUUAAAAUGUCUAGACUUUAAAUUCAGUAGUCUUGGUUUAUAAUUGAGUGGUCAGGAAAUAGAGUGGUCAGGACUUACAUUGAGUGGUCAUCUCUUGCAAAACAAGGUUUUUAACUAGCAGAGAAAGUUAUAGCACUGAACUUUUGAUAUAUUUUAAAGGUACAUGAAGCCUCAGAAAUAAAUAUUUUAUCAUGUUGUAGAAAGGUAAAGUAUGUGUUUAAUAAUGUUGUAAUAAUGGAUUAAGAACAAAUGGGAUACUCAUGAGUUGUAGGAAAAAAAUGAAAUAGUUUGCAGAAAGGUAGCAAAAUGUAAACAAAUUGGUAUUUUGACUUUCAUACAAAAUACUUAAUUACUGUAACUGUACUGUAAUGCCAAAUGCAGUAGGAGCAAUGACUCUAUUAUUAUAUUAUGGCCAGUGAGUAACAUUUUGGAUUUGUUUCAGGACAUGAGAAAAGUAAAGUUUUUGAGAAAUAAAACAAAUAAAAAAAAAUUAAGCUUAAUGGGCCUUUAACAGUCCAUCCUUGACAUUUUAUAAAACUAGUAUUGUAAGCCAGUUUAGAUAUGAAGAUGGCUCCAAGAUACGAAUCUAAAACAGGACCCUUGCCUUGAUAGACAACUAAAAUACUUAACUACAUGGCCUUGCUAAGUCAUUCUAAUACACCUGGAAGCAAAUUAAUGUCGAGGUUGACAAAUAAAUUAUUGUAAAGGUAAUGUUUUGAUCCUCUUGUCAAAUAUUGCAUUUUUUACUGUAUGGCAUUGCAUAUUCAGUAUAAAAACUUCUUAAUAAAACUUUCAUAGCCAAAUGUGUUUUUUUAAAAGGCCCAUUAUACCUCAGAAGUUCUAUCAAUUUUAUUUCUCAAAAAACUGUUUUAUUUUUGGUAUCUUUUUACAGUUUCUAAAAAAAUACACAUUUGGCAUAUAGAUAAACUACUUUUACUUCUUUUGUGCUCUGGCAUUAGUAUGUGUGAAUUAGUAUUUUGUAUGGAAGUCUAAAUGCUGCUUUGUUUACGUUUCGCUCUAAAUAUAUUAAAAUAAAACAUCAUUUUUAAACACAUGUUUCACAUUUCUAAAGAAUUAAAAAAAAAUAUGGAUUUCUGAGGCAUAAUGUACCUUUAAAAAGAUUCUUUUUGACAAAUGAAAAUUAAUCAAAUAGUAAAAUGAAUUGUCAACAAAAAAUCUUACAGUUAUAUUCUAUUUAUGUUGGCAGUAAUAAAAUAAAAUAAUAAAAUAUACUAAAUUGAUAAUUUAGAUAUUAAAUGAUUCCCAAAUACAUUGUAAAUUAAUAUUCAGUUUGUCUUAUUUAUUAAUUUUGAUUAAAAUUUUAGCUUAAAGUUUUAUUGAACAAUGUUUGACCAAAAAAUGAUUAGAAAGAAUUAUUCAUAAGUAAAAAUUGUAAACAAAUUUUGCUUUCAAAUGCAGUUAUAUCUUUCAUUGGAUUUGUUGCAAAACUGUUUUAAUUUGUUCUUUUGUUAAUUAGGCAAUUUUAUCGUUAAAUGUUAACAGAACAGAACAAAAUGUUAAUGUUAACAUAAUAUAUAUGUACAUGUAUAAUGUCUUUCAAAUAAUUUGUGUUUGCAUUUAAUAGGUACAAAUUAUUUUAUAAUUUUUGAUAGAGUAUAGAAUUGUUAUGAUCUUAAUAUCAAUGAAUAUAUCAUUUUUGUUUUCACAUAAACAAUGUAUUGAAUGUAAUUGAUUUAAAAAUAAACAUUUUUUGAAUUUUUUAUGUCAUAAAGAUAAUAAUGAUAAUUUCUGAAUAUAUUUUUGUCCUCUUUAACAUUUGCCCUGAUCAACUUAAAAAGUGAGCGGCAUUUGUGACCAGUAUAGAGCCAGGCCAGCCUGUACAUCCGUGCAGUCUUUCCAGGCUCUAUACUGAGGACUGACUAGCUCUUAAUUUACAUCUUGAUGUCCCCAAAAUUUGAAAAUGGACAGCUUCAAAAAAAAUAGAAGUCAAUUAAAGAUAGUCAGCAAGGUAAAGGUUAUUAUAUGUUAAUUAUUAUUAUUUUAUGAAAACUGUAUUUUCAAAUAUUGUAUUGUUUAUCAUUUUAAUUAUUUUUUGUUUUUAUUGUAAUUAAAACAUGCAAAUUUAAAUGGUAAAUCAUUUUCAAGAAAAAGUUAUCCUUUUUUUACCCUAGGACAACAACAAAAAUCAUUUUAUGGAAAAUAUGAACAUAUUUUGAACAUUAUUUUUUUUCAUUUUAUACAAAAGGAAAAUGUUUGUUCAUUCUGGUUCAUACUUUAAAUGAAGAAAAGUAAUAUUUAUUACUCGAAAUUUUCUGAAAUAUUCUGUAUUCUUUUUACACUCAUCAUUGCAAACAUUAAAGAAAAAUUCUGUUGUUUUUGGGGGAUUUUCUGUUGUUGUUUUUUUUUUGAAUGAAGACUUUUUAUACUUAAGUAGUUAUGGUAUGGAUCUAGUUCAAAUAAAUAUUUUUAAGAAGGAAAAAAAACGGUUAUUAAUUAUAAGUAGUAACUCUCAUGAAUUGUCAGUAGGAGGAGAUCAUAUUUAUCACCCUGCAAAAAUUAUAUUCUUUUUAAUUAUAGUUAAAGCUUGCUUUUUUCUGUUUAAACAGAAAAGUUAGCUGGAAAGUAGAAAUAAGUUUUGUUUCAUAGAUAAUAUGAAGAAAGAAAACAUAAAAAUUUCCAAAUGAUGUUUUUUUUUUUUUGUUCUUUUGAUUUCUUGUGUACAUUCCUAUAUAAGCAACCAAGUUGCUUUGAUUAUUAUAGUGCAAGCUUUGAAAAGUGCUGUAAAUUUUAUGUUCAAUUUUCUGUAUUUUAUUUACAUGUAUAUACAUUGUAUAUAUAUAUAUAUUAGUAUCUAUGAAUUCAAAAGUUCAGAAAAUUUGCUUCGAGUCAAUUUCACAUUUAUUACAGUAUGUUUUGAAAGGAAAUUUAAAAGUUCAACAAUUUUAAUAUUGGUAACUUGAUGUUCACAUUUUACUUAACUAUUUUAUAAAGAGGCAAUAUUAAAGUUCAAAUCAAUUAAUGAGAGAUAAAUUAAUAAAUUUCAGUCACAUUAUUUGAUCAAAUAAAUUUUUGCUUUGAUAAAAAAAUACUUUCAUUUAUUAUCUUCACAUUAUUGUUAUUGGUUUUUUUUUGUUCAGAAACAUAUAUGUAAAAGAUAAUCCUUUCUAAAAAUUUUAAUACAGUAAUUGAUGUUUAAGCAUAUGUGAGCAUUUAAAUUCAUUAAUGAUUUAAAUAAGUUUUAAAUUUUUAAGCUUGAUUUAUUUCAUUGUUUGUAUUAAUUAUGAUUUUCUCAGUAUGAUUCAAACUAGAUGUUUGGACUUUUUUUGAGAUUGAAAAAUAAAACUGCCUUAACAUUUAACCAGGUUGAGUUGUAAGAUAUUAUAAGCCACUGUCACAAGUAUGAGGCCAGUGAAGAUUUCUGACCAGUAGCUCGAUUUUUAGCAAUUUUUAUAUUGAAAUCUCUUAAUUUUCAAAUGAACUGAUUUAACAAACUCCACAGGUUAAGGGUGAAUUAAUAA